AUGAGUCGAAUACUUACUGGCAAAGAAUCAACUGUUGUCAGUGUGAACUGUCCACCGGACAACAAAGAAGUUAAUUGUCAAUUUAUGACAUCAAAAGAAAGUGGGUACUCAUGUCAGUAUUAUAAACAAUCAAUAACAGGAGAACUUACGCAAUUCUGCUGCUGUUUCGGAAAAAGCUGUUAUCAAUCGAUAAAUCGCUUAGAAUCUGAGCAACGUUCACUACAUCACUUGGCCGUGGAUCCGAUAACUGCUGUUUUCUUUGUAUUUACGUUCCUUAUCAAUAUUUUAACAAUUAAAUUGUUUCAUAACGAUUUAACAAACGCUGUUGUAUUAAUCUAUCAGAUGUAUUCCGGUAUAACAUCAUUUAAACUUCUACAAUCAGAACACACGUUGCUACAAAAUAUGGAAGAAAAAAUUAUCUCGUGGAAAACACAUACGCUAAUCACCACGAAAAUGAUAACGCUUUUAACGCAAUCAAGGAAGAACAAACAAAAUGUUAAUGAUGAUGCUAAGUUUGGACAUAAAAAGCUAGGAAUGAAUGAAGGUUGUCAGGAAGGAAAGCAACAUAUGGAAAGUCAGGCGCUGACAGAACAUUAUUGUAGAAGUGAGCGACUGCUUCGACAGGAAUGGUAUAGAUAUAAUACAUUGAUGAAAAUCAGUUACUCACAUUGGCGUGCUCGAGAACGGAGUCAGGUCGGGAAACAAAUGCGUAGAACACUGAAACAUCUCUUUGAGUUAUGA